GUAGAAAGGUAGAUGGGAAGAGGUCUUAGAAGGUCUGCGCCGUUCCUAGGAAGAGCCAGCUCAGUGGCCACUGGAAGAGGGGUAUCUCAAAGAAGGUGGCCACCUUCAUGCUAUCACCCUGGGACACCUCUACCUGUGGCCCAGGCCCAGUACAGUGGCCUCGUCCCUCUUGGGGCUAGAAAGCUGUGCUCAGCCAGGACAAUGCCUGCUGUGGAGAAAGACAGACCGUUACUGGUUUCUGAAAUGUAGCUGCUGCUGGGGUGGAGCACCUAGCUUCUUCCCAGCCCUGGAGGUGAUUACAGGGCAGGAAGUGUGGGGGGAAGAGACAGGAGACAACAGCUGGAGUGGCUGGGGUGACAGCUGGGCUGUGCGUGGUGGAACGAGGCAGGGAGAUGUGGUAGCAGAAACCGCAUGGCUCAUUGAGCAGAGAGCUUCUGGAUGGCAGGGUGCCACACCAACAAGGCCGAGGGAAAAAGAGGGAUCCUGUGGGCAGCGGUUCUGUCCCUGUUGCUAACCUUUACCUGCAGGCUGUAGACCAGAGAGGAAUGCCCUUCUCCCAAGGAAGGCUGCCAUGGAGGAUGGAGAGCUUCACGGAAAGCCCAGGGUCAGGGAGGGUCCAGUUGGUGCCAUUGCUAGCCAGCCAGCCAGGCUGGAAGGAGAGUGGGUCCUGCUCUCUUAAAGCCUCUGGUGAUAGCUACGGCCGCAAGCCCGGCCUGGGCGACGUUCUCCACCUUUUCCCUGGGCCCUUGGAAAGGAGGCUCUUGCUCUGUGCCAGGCACUGGGCUAAGUUUAAAAAAAAGCAGUUCCAUCAAAUCAGUUCCGACUUGGGGUGACCCGUAUGUGUCCGUAGAGCUGCGCUCCAGAGUGUUCAAUGGCCGAUUGUUUAGACAUAGGUCAUCAGGAUUUUCUUUAGAGGCACCACUGGGUGGACUUAAACAUCCAACCUUUUGGUUAACAGCUGAACACGGUAACCAUUUACACCACCCAGAGACUCCUACUGUGCUGUGUAUUUUACCCCCGUUCUUGCUGUGUGCCGUGGAGUUAGUUCUCACCAUGUUCCUCUAGGACAGAGUACAGCUGCCCCAUAGGGCUUCCUAGAAUGUCAUCUUUACAGGAGCAUAUCACCAGGUCUUUUCUCCCAUGGAGUGGCUGGUGGGUUUGAACCACUAACCUUUCGGUUAUCAGCAGAACACUUAACCAUUGUGCCACCAGGGCUGCUGCUUACCAGUAUUACCACCCUUAAUCCUCAGAGCAAGCUCCAUUUUAGAAGGGAGGAAGCUCUUCCCCAAGGUAUGUUCCUGGCCCACUCUGUCACCUUUCCUGGGGUCUUUCUCUGAUAUCACCUCCUUGGUGAGGUGUUCCCUGACCACCCUGUUUAAAUGUGCACUCUCCCAACUUCCCUGCUUUACUUUUCUACAGAACGCUUGACACAACAUCUGACAUACCACCUAGGUUUUCUUAUGACUCUUUCUCUCUUCUCCUUGACCCCUGCCCCCACCGCCCGCCCCCUACCCAGAACAUCAGCUCUGUGAGAGCAGGGCUCCAUGUCUGUUUUCUUUACUGCUUUGUCCCUGGCACCUUGAACUGUGCCUGCCAGAUAGACCUCGCUAGAUAUUUUUUGGUUGAAGGAAUGAAUGAAUGAGACUCACGUGGGUUUAAUAACUUGCCCGAUGUGGCAGCGCUGGGACUCACUCCAGGGCUGUCUGACUCUAAAACCGACAUGUUGGUUACCAUGCUCUGUGGCUUAGAGUGAGAGCGAGGACUGAGGCGAGCCUAGGGGCCGUGCCUGAAACAGGGGGCUUCACUCACCGGGGCUAGGGUUAAACUCAGUGGCUAAUGAGGGCCCUUUGGACCCUGGGCAGCUCCUUCGAGGAGCUGGGAGCAUUAGUCUGUGUGUCCCCUGUCCCCACUCUGAGUCACUGGUAAACCAGAGCACCCUUAUUUUUAGUGCUGUUGCUGCUGUGGGGCUGUAACCAUUAGCCAGUAAGAGCCUUAAGGGAGAAGAUAAACAUUAAUCUUCUGGGCCUUCCCUCAGCUGCCAUCUCCACAUCGCACCUGCCUGGCAACCAGGCCUGAGAGCUCUGGGGUGAAGGGUGGAGAGGUGAGGGAUCAGGAAGAGGGCAGAUAGGUCUACAACUUUGGGGCUGGCUAGUUUGGUACCUCCAUAGGUGAGGCAGCCUAAUAUCCUCCAGGCCAGAUCUGGAAGAAGCAAGCCCUUCAGCCACCAGGCAGUACCAGCACUGCCCCCUCAACUGCCCAGCUUCUGAAGGUCCUGGCACUGAGUGGUCCCAGAAGAUGUGGGAGUGGGGGUUACCUGGGGUUCCUUUUGGCCUGCUUCCUGGGCUGCUCAAUGGUCAUGCCAUAGCUGAGGGUGGGAAGGAAAGCCUGACCCAGAUCCUGGGGCAGCUAGGGUGGAUUAGCUGGGCAGCAAGAACUAAUCUCUGCCUGUCCCCGCCUCCUUCCUCCACAAAGCAGAGCUCUCAUUGGAGGAAAGUCUGGGACAAAGCCAGAGGUGAUUGGUGAAACAAUAAAUAUGAAUUCCUUUUAAUCUGUAAUCCUUCUAUUACUCAGACUGGCAGUCCUAUCCCUUUUCUGCUGUGGGAACUUGGGCUAGUUACUUCUCUGGAUCUCGGUUUCCUGAUCUGUAAAAUGGGACAAUCACAGUGCCUGCCUUGUCGGAUUGUUGUGAGGGUUGAGAGGGGCAGCAUGGGAGGGUCUACAGAGGCUCAUUACUGUUGAGGGUAGAGGCAGGAUGGGGAGAAGCCCCUUCCACAGAAGCAGGGACCACUUGGCAGGUGUGGACAUGAAGGCACCUGCCUAGGCCUGUGAGAAGUGGGGUAAACUGGGCCCUGCCCCCAAGACUUAGAGCCUUUCUGAUUUUUCUUUUCUCAUUUAUCCAGUCAUCAUAGCAUAGUGGUGGAGAAAAAGGCCUCUAGGCUCAGACCACCUGUAUCUACCACCUAGUGCUGUGACCUUGGGUGGGUGGCUUUGUGUUUUAAGCCUCAGUUUCCUCAUUUGUAAUGUAAUGGGACUAAUCUGGGCUUCUACUUGACAGGGUUUCUGUGAGGAUGAAAUGAAGUAAUCCAUGCCUCUGCUUAGAGUGCAGUAAAUGCUGAGUAAAUGGUAGUUAUUGCCUCUGCUAUUACUGAUGAACAGACUAAGCCCCCAAUUGCAGGACGAUCUCUACAAAGCACUACUCAGAAAGGUUCCCCCUUGAAGAAUUUGUGACCGAAAGACAACUAUGCCGUAACGUAUAGUAAUAACCCCCGAGCCUGCUGUGUGCCCAGAGGUCGGAAAUCCCAGCAGCAGAUGGCCAAGAGAAUCCUGGGGAGAAACAGGAUCACCAGAAACUAGAACGUGAAGCUCGAAUAUGCCGACUUUUGAAACAUCCAAACAUUGUGUUACUGGGGGAGAGCUGUUUGAAGACAUUGUGGCCAGAGAGUACUACAGUGAAGCUGAUGCCAGCCACUGUAUACAUCAGAUUCUGGAGAGUGUUAACCACAUCCAUCAGCAUGAUAUUGUCCACCGGGACCUGAAGCCAGAGAACCUACUGCUGGCGAGUAAAUGUAAGGGUGCCGCUGUCAAGCUGGCUGAUUUUGGCCUAGCCAUCGAAGUGCAGGGAGAGCAGCAGGCUUGGUUUGGUUUUGCUGGCACCCCAGGUUACUUGUCCCCAGAGGUCUUACGGAAAGAUCCCUAUGGAAAACCAGUGGAUAUCUGGGCCUGCGGGGUCAUCCUGUAUAUCCUCCUGGUGGGAUACCCUCCCUUCUGGGACGAGGAUCAGCACAAGCUGUAUCAGCAGAUCAAGGCUGGAGCCUAUGAUUUUCCGUCACCAGAGUGGGACACGGUGACCCCCGAAGCCAAGAACUUGAUCAACCAGAUGCUGACCAUAAACCCAGCAAAGCGCAUCACGGCCGAUCAGGCUCUCAAGCACCCAUGGGUCUGUCAACGAUCCACAGUGGCAUCCAUGAUGCACCGUCAGGAGACUGUGGAGUGCUUGCGCAAGUUCAAUGCCCGAAGGAAACUGAAGGGUGCGAUCCUCACGACCAUGCUUGUCUCCAGGAAUUUUUCAGCUGCCAAAAGCCUAUUGAACAAGAAGUCAGAUGGCGGUGUCAAGAAAAGGAAGUCGAGUUCCAGCGUGCACCUAAUGCCACAGAGCAACAACAAAAACAGUCUCGUAAACCCAGCCCAAGAGCCCGCGCCCUUGCAGACGGCCAUGGAGCCACAAACCACCGUGGUGCACAAUGCUACAGAUGGGAUCAAGGGCUCCACAGAGAGCUGCAACACCACCACAGAAGAUGAGGACCUCAAAGCUGCCCCGCUCCGCACUGGGAAUGGCAGCUCGGUGCCUGAAGGACGGAGCUCCCGGGACAGAACAGCCCCCUCUGCAGGCAUGCAGCCCCAGCCUUCUCUCUGCUCCUCAGCCAUGCGAAAACAGGAGAUCAUUAAGAUCACAGAACAGCUGAUUGAGGCUAUCAACAAUGGGGACUUUGAGGCCUACACGAAGAUUUGCGAUCCUGGCCUCACUUCCUUUGAGCCUGAGGCCCUUGGCAACCUGGUGGAAGGGAUGGAUUUCCAUAAGUUUUACUUUGAGAAUCUCCUCUCCAAGAACAGCAAGCCCAUCCACACCACCAUCCUGAACCCACACGUUCACGUCAUCGGAGAGGACGCUGCUUGCAUCGCCUAUAUCCGCCUCACCCAGUACAUCGAUGGGCAGGGCCGGCCUCGCACCAGCCAGUCGGAGGAGACUCGGGUCUGGCACCGCCGGGAUGGCAAGUGGCUCAAUGUCCACUACCACUGCUCAGGGGCCCCUGCCGCACCGCUGCAGUGAGCUCAGCCACAGGGGCAUUAGGAGAUCCCAGCUGGAGGUCGAACCUUCGCAGCCAGUGGCUCUGGAGGGCCUGAGUGACAGCGGCAGUCCUGUUCGUUUGAGGUUUAAAACAAUUAAAUUACAAAGCGGCAGCAGCCAAUGCACGCCCCUGCAUGCAGCCCUCCCGCCCGCCCUUCGUGUCUGUCUCUGCUGUACCGAGGUGUUUUUUACAUUUAAGAAAAGAAAAAAAGAUUGUUUGAAAAAAAAAAAAAAGGAAUCCGUACCAUGAUGUGUUUUGAAACCACCGAUAGCCCUUGGGCUGGCAAGAAGGCAGGAGUUUGUGUGACGCCCAUCCUGGCAUGAGCAGUGGGCUCACCUACCAGCCCAGAAGAGAGGCACACUCAGCCUCUGGCCCCCAUGGACUCAGGGGGACCAGGCAAGAACUCUGACAGAGCUUCGGGGCCAUGGUGUGAUUGCAGCCCCCGAUGUGGCCCGCCUGCCCCAGGUGUAGGAAUGGACUUCUUCAGAACUUGCAUGGGUGUCUAGAAUGAGGCCGAUGAGAACAUUGUGGCCGUCAGACCAGCUUGGGAGAGGAUGCAGAGCUCCCAGCCUGCUACAGAGGCAGCUGAGAUGCAGUGGCCUCAGGACUGAGGGCCCGGACGUUGCUGUACUGUUCCGUGUAGUGUAGACGGGAAGAGAAUUGGUGCUGCAGAAGUGUGUCCGCACCGAAGCCGAUGAGAAACCUCGCGUUAGUCUGACAUGCACUCACUUACUCAUCCAUUUCUAUAGGAUGCACAAUGCACGCGGGCCCUGAUACUGAGGCCUGGACCCUUGCAGGGAAGGGGAGGGGUUGCCGCUUUGCUUCAUGUUUGUUUUCUUAUAACUUAGCAAGGAGAGAGCCAGGCCCUGGCCAGGCCUCUCCUUGACGCGUUGGGCAGUUCUGUUUUUGUGCUGACUUGGACCAUCUUUGUCUUGCCUUUUCAUGGUGGUGGUCCCUGUGCUGACCCUCACUUGGACCUGGGCCCUCUACCAAGUGCCCCUGUGGGAUGGGAGGAGUGAGGCAGUGGGAUUAGAGGUGGUGGUUGUUUCUAUGCAUUCAGGCUGCCCUCAGGGCUGCCUCCCUUUUCCUCUUCCCUUGCUGCACGUCCAUCUCUGUUCCUGUCUGAGAUUGACCUGACUGCUCUGGCAAAAACAACAGGUGUCCUCUUUAAAGAGGCCUCUUCACUGAUGGACUAUAGACUUACUGCUGGACAAUCUGCAUGGGCAUCACCCUACUCCCACUUGCAUGUCCCCAAAAGAGGUGGUCGAAGCCAUGGCCCCUACAUUCGUUGUCCCUCUCUGUGCUCAAAGAGUUCCAUUCCAGGAGGGAAAGAUCUAUGCUCUAAGCACGUAACAGAGAAGAGAAUGGAGGUGCGAUUGGUCAUGGCCUUGGUUUCCCAAGAACAACUGUUCAGAGUUGUCUGCACAAAUAUCUGCACUUUGGGGGAAAGGUAUGUAGUCCCCAGCUCCCUGGACUACCUCCAGGAGGCACUGGAGCUGGGGAAAGAGGCAAAGCUACAGGUUUAUCUUGGAGCCAGCCAAGACAAGAGCAGACUCACAGGUGCUGGUGCCUGGAUUUGGCCAGGCUCCUCCGAGCACCUCAUGCAUGCCCCAGCCCCUGGGCCCUGUCCCUUUCCUGCCCAGCAGCCUGCAGCGCCAGCACGCAGACACCUUCACCACGGGGUUUGAUUUUGCUGGCUUGAAGACAAAUGGUCUUAGAGUUGAGACCCAUCGCUUCAUAUGGCUGCUCCAGCCCCAUGUCUUAGCAUUCUUAUUCCUCUUCUGGGGCUAAUGUCAGCAUCUGUAGACAAUAGACAAUUAAAAAAAAAAAAAAUCACCUUUUAAACAGGAAAUGGAAGGCAUUUGAUGCAGAAUUUUUGCAUGGUGACAUAGAAAUAAUUUAAAAAUAGUGUUUGUUCUGAAUGUUGGUAGACCC